ACCCAAAAAUACCCCUCAAUCAUGACCGUUUAAACCCUGCAUAAUAACUCAUUAACCUCGUACCAGAAGGCCAAGAAACCGAAACACUGAGGAUGUCCUACACAAAACUACCUUCAAUACACAGACAUUUCACAAAUACUUGGCUAAAGUCGAAGUCUUUACACACAAACUUCAAAAAAGGCUUUAAAGAUCCAAUCUUUUUAAGCACCGAACACUCUUUAGCCACCCAACUUGAAUCAAUCUUGCAAAAACCAAGUACAAAACUUGAACAAGCAAAACAACUACAUGCCCAAUUCGUUGUUAGUGGAAUAAACAUCACCAACAAUGGCUUGUUGGGUGGGAAAAUGUUGGGUAUGUAUGUGCUAUGUAAUAGUUUCGUGGAUGCUAAGAAGCUUUUUUAUCAGCUUGAGUUUUAUUAUGCCAUGCCUUGGAAUUGGAUGAUUAGAGGGUUAGUGAAAUUGGGUUGUUUUGAUUUUGCUUUAUUGUUUUAUUUCAAAAUGUUGGGUUGUGGUGUGUUUCCUGAUAAGUAUACUUUCCCUCCUGUGAUUAAGUGUUGCACUGGUUUGAAUAAUGUGAGAUUAGGGAAGGUGAUUCAAGAUAUGAUUUUGGAGAUGGGUUUUGAUUUGGAUAUGUUUGUUGCUAGUUCUUUGAUCAAGUUGUAUGCCGAUAAUGGCUGUAUAGAGGAUGCUAGGCGCUUUUUUGAUAAAAUGAUUGAUAAAGAUUGUGUUUUGUGGAAUGUGAUGAUUAACGGUUAUGUACAGUGUGGGGAGUCUGAUAGUGCUAUUAAGUUGUUUAAGGAUAUGAUGAGCUCUGAAGCUAAGCCUGAUUCCGUGACGUUUGCUUGUGUUCUUUCUAUCUCUUGUUCUGAGGCAAUGGUUGAGUAUGGUAGACAGCUUCACGGGCUUGUUGUUCGUAGCGGGUUAGAUUUUGUUCCUCUGGUGGGGAAUACACUAGUGACUGUGUAUUCAAAAGGCAGGCAAUUGGGCGAUGCACGUAAAUUAUUUGAUAUGAUGCCUCAGAUUGAUUUGGUGGUUUGGAAUAGGAUGAUUGGUGGGUAUGUACAAAAUGGGUUUAUGGAUGAUGCUUCGAUGUUGUUUAAUGAGAUGAUAUCUGCCGGUAUUAAACCAGACUCCAUCACUUUUACUAGUUUCCUCCCAUCACUUGCUGAGUCAUCGAGUCUCAAGCAAAUUAAGGAAAUUCAUGGUUAUAUAGUGAGGCAUGGUGUGAUUUUGGAUGUGUACUUGAACAGUGCUCUUAUUGACUUGUACUUUAAAUGCAGGGAUGCCGUGAUGGCAUGCAAGAUGUUUAAUCUAAGCACAAAAUUUGAUAUUGUUAUUUAUACGGCUAUGAUUUCAGGCUAUGUGCUUAAUGGUAUGAAUAAGGAUGCUUUAGAAAUCUUUAGGUGGUUACUUCAAAAGAAAAUGAUUCCAAAUGCUUUAACAUUUUCAAGUAUUUUGCCAGCAUGUGCUGGUUUGGCUGCUAUAAAAUUGGGGAGAGAAUUGCAUGGUUACAUCAUCAAGAAUGAGUUAGAAGAGAAAUGUCCCGUGGGAAGUGCAAUUAUGAACAUGUAUGCAAAAUGCGGAAGAUUGGAUCUUGCACACCUAAUUUUUGGAAGAAUUUCCAUAAAGGAUGCUAUUUGUUGGAACUCUAUAAUCACAAGUUUUUCCCAGGAUGGAAAACCAGAGGAGGCCAUUUAUCUUUUCCGUCAAAUGGGGAUGGAAGGAGUGAAGUAUGAUUGCGUGACUGUUUCAGCUGCUCUCUCUGCUUGUGCAAACAUUCCAGCGCUUCAUUAUGGGAAAGAGAUUCAUGGUUUCAUGAUUAAAGGUGCAUUUGAGUCUGACCUUUUUGAUAUGAGUGCACUGAUAAACAUGUAUGCCAAAUGUGGGAAACUAAAUAUUGCUCGCCUGGUGUUCAACUUGAUGCAAGAGAAGAAUGAAGUUGCAUGGAAUAGCAUCAUUGCUGCUUAUGGGUACCAUGGUUACCUUGCGGACUCUCUUGCUCUGUUUCAUAAUAUGUUGGAAGAAGGAAUUCAGCCAGAUCAUAUCACCUUUCUCACUAUAUUAUCUUCUUGCGGCCAUGCUGGACAGGUCGAGGAUGGAGUUCGCUACUUCCGCUGCAUGACUGAGGAAUAUGGUAUCCCAGCUCAAAUGGAGCAUUAUGCUUGCAUGGCAGAUUUGUUUGGCCGGGCAGGCCAUUUGGAUGAAGCGUUUGAAGUCAUAACAAGCAUGCCAUUUCCACCUGCUGCCAGUGUUUGGGGCACAUUGCUGGGAGCCUGUCGAGUCCAUGGCAAUGUUGAACUUGCUGAAGUGGCUUCAAGAUAUCUACUUGACUUGGAACCAAAAAAUUCUGGUUACUAUUUAUUGCUUACUCAUGUACUCGCUGAUGCUGGAAAAUGGAGGAGUGUGCAUAAGAUACAACAUUUGAUGAAAGAAAGAGGAGUCCAGAAAGUUCCUGGAUGCAGUUGGAUUGAGGUCAACAACACCACUUGUGUGUUUUUUGCAGCAGAUGGAAGUCACCCGGAAUCUCCUCAGAUCUAUUCUUUGCUGAAGAGUCUCCUCCUAGAGUUAAGAAAAGUUGGUUAUGUUCCUCAAGCUGUAGCUUGUUUUGGAAAUGAUUGAAUCUUGAGAAUUGGACAUGGCACAAGAAAUUUUAAGAUAAAUGCAGGAAAUGGAGUGAUGAAACAGAUGCGAUCAUGAAAGAUAUUUGUGGCUCGAGCAUCCUCUCUGUCUCAUCUGAUUUUGAUCCAAACGAGUUGGCUUAUUCAGGAUGGGCUUCCUCUUGGGACACAUUUCCCCUUAUUUCUAGCAAUGGCUGUUAUGAAACAAGAUAUAGAUGACAUGUCUUGAACAAUUCUCGCACUCAACAUUAAGUUUUCUGUUGGAAUGUAGUUGGAUGGGACAGGUUGGUUUGGUUUCUGAUUUUUCCAUGCUACCAGUUUUAAUUUAUGACGAAACAUUCUCUUGCUGAGGAAACCUUAUUGGCGGCUCCCUGUUGAUCAUUGCCAUAUUCUUUUUCAGUGAGUUGCUCUCUGCUCACUCUUUCUUUUUCUGUCUAGCUCUCGCUUGCUUACUUAGUAAUCCCCAUGUCAAUUUUAGUGUCUUGUCCUUGUAAGUUGUAACACCUUGAUUAUCCCCAUCCAAAUUUCACGGGACUGUGAACUUUCACUACUGUUUUAUUUGAACAGAUAUUAGAGCUCAUUAUCAACUAGAUCAGCAGUUUGGUGAUAACUCCUUUGAUCGAAAACAGGAUGAGUCCAGGUUACCAAAGAUUUAUCCAGAGCAAUUGGUACUCCACAGCCACGGUGAACACUAUGCUAAGUUUGGCGUCCUACUUGAAUUUGGAACUGAGGUUAGGAUGAUCAAUAGCAUAGAUAUUAGAAGUCUGUUGAUAUACACAGAACUUUUGUAGUUGAUUUUGACGUCAUUGCUUUGGUGUGCAACAUAUAGAAGACUGCACAUGGAGAGAACGAUGAUGGUAGUUAAAAAUAUCAACGUGUCUAUUACUCCUCGACUUCAAGAAUGGUAUUUGCCAAAAAUUCUGUUUUAGAACUCUUAAGUGAGGGACCAAUCUUGCAAUGCCUAGAGUGGCAAAGAAAACAAAAGGGCACAGUAAGCAACACAAAUACCUCAAUAAUCAAGUAAACUCCUUACAAGAAUGCCCUAUUCCUGUAUGUUCUUGUUGAUAAAUUCUCAUGCUCUUCUGUAGCCAGAAAAAAAUCUAUAGACUAACAAAGAUAAUUAGCAAAUGUCACAAAUCACACACCCAGGUCUGGUUUAUAUUCGGCAGUUUGAUGAUUACCAUCUUGGUUCAUAGGCAGUUCUCAAGGAUAAGAACUUACUAAUAGAAACAUGACCAUAUCCUGAACUGGUAUUGAGACUAAAGUCCGUGGUGUACUUUAUUCUCUCCGUGACAUUCCUUGCCAUUCUGAAUUGAACUUGUGAAUUGUUUGUCCUUGAUAUAUUCAUUAUGUAUAUGACAAAGAUGCAUGAUGUCUGCAAAAAUUCUUUUCGUAUCUGAUGAGCAGUGGUACUCCGUAGUUGAUACAAAGACAUCCGGGGAUCAACAAUUCCCUUUAUUGCUAUAUAGCAUACAAAGUUGCAAUAAAAGAUAAGUAUUGCUAUUCUAAUCCCACCAUGCUUUGCUGCUUAAAGUGAGGACCAGAUCCUCUUUCUCUGAUUAUUUUAAGAACUAGGCCCCAUCUUUCAUGGACAUAAUCUCCAAAUCUUACCAGCAUAAUUUGCACCUUUCUGUCUUAAUUUGAUUCUGAUCUGGAGCAUAUAUUUUAAUGAACCAGCUGUCUGUGAUAGCAUUCUAGAUUUUUUUUCCACAGGUGAGCCACACAGUGCGGCCGCGCUCACAUACAAUUCAGGUAAGAAAACAUAUCCAUCUACAGGAGCCAACCCUUACUGCAUAGGAAUUUUGGGCAUUAAAGCAAAUCUGCUGAGGUGAAGUUGGUACCUAAAAGAUCUUUCCAGGUCUAUCUUGUUUGUUUCAGGGUGGACAGUGUCUUAUUCCUUAAAAGAGUGCAUUUCCUUUUUUGUAUCUCUCUGUGUUUCAUGACCGAUGAUGGAAGUCAAGCUGUGUCUUUCUUGGCAGGACUGUUGUAAAUUCUAAGGGAGUUGGGAGUUCCUUGCAAUUCUUCUUUUCAUUGAAGAGAUUCUAUGGCUAGAAUUAAAUUCACAUCAUUGAAGCAAGCUUUGAAGAUUCAUCUGACCUGACAUGGAAAUUUGUAAAACACAAGAUUAUGUUAUUUGCAACAUGAUUUUAUCAAAUUACAUCACAUUUGCAUAUUAUACCAGCUCAUGUAGGGCCUAAUGUGUGCAACAGAUGUCAUCCAUAUAAGAUGCUAAUAUCUGUAAUCCUCUAAAUAAAUUCAUGAGAUAACAAUCAGUUGGAUGGUAUAAAAUAAUGCAGAAAAUAUACCACUACAGAGUAAUGAUUAAAGUUGGGGGAUAUGAAUUGAAGGAAAUAAUGUGCUCAACUGCCCAUCUAAAGCAGAAACCUCUACCCACCGCUACUUUGCUAAAGAGAGGGAAGUUGUCAACGUGAAGACUUGGUCUUCCCAAUAGAGGAUUUGUGGAUAUGAAAAGGUGUCUUGGAUACAAAAGACUUCCCAUAGAAGAGCAGACAUACAUAUCUUUGGAUUUUUCUUCAAACAUUGCAAAAAGAGAUGGGAAAGAGAGUUUCACAAGCAAAGGAAACUGAAACAGGAGCAGAAAAGGGGGACUUGGUCAAGAAGAAUCUUAGGGUUUAACUGAAUAUGGCCCGUUUUUCUUUGUAAACAGAAGAUUGUUUAAUACUAAUUAUCUUAUUUAAUCUUCCAA